AUGGAUGGCGGCGACGGUCAUCAGAAGAAGUAUGACACUUCCUAUAUAUCCGGUCGGGUAGUUCGCGAGGCUCCUGGUGCAUCCUCCGACCGAUUUCGACAACCGCAACAAUCAGGCCCUCUCAGGAGAACAACACUCGAUAGUACUCCUCAAGAUGGGGCCACCCCUCUUCCCCCUUACGGCGGAUCUGAAUAUUUUGAAUCAACGCCUUACAAUACUUCACAGCUACAAAGCGGCUCAAUACAGUAUCAGCAAGGUUUUCACAACUCACGAAAUCCCCCACAACCAACGCAACAAUCUACACCGCAGGAACAGCAGCAGCGACUACAACAAUAUGACCACAAUAUUGUCUAUAACAUUAAUCCCCAUGACCAGACGCCGUCUUCGUACUACCAGCCACGGCAGUCUGCGGCCAUCGAGGUUUUGGCAACCCAGUUUGGAGUUCCACAAUAUUUCCCUCCUGAUGAAUCUUCAGGAGGAGCUGGCCCUUCAGCACAAUAUUUAAGUCCUCAAGAUCAGUCGCCUGGGUUUCCUCAACUUCCUCCAGUGAGCCGGACUGGUGUGGCAGCAUCAUUUGCUGAGAACAUGCCUGGCUUCAAUUCCACUUCUGGACCAGAUCCUCAAGAACGACAAGAAGCUACUCUGCAGAGAUCCUCGGGACUCGAUGAAGCAUACAACCGUUACCAGCAAACUUUAAAGCAAGUAUUUUACGAUAUUAAAGCCGGCCGUCUUGCAAAUGCCAGUGAAUCUAUGCUUGAGAUGUCAGAAUGGUUACUUGGAAAUGCAGUGGAACUGGGGCUGGUUCGCGACCAAGAAGACCUUCACGCUGAUCGAAUUGACAUGUGGAAUAACUUCAAUACGUGCUGGCUUGCUAUUUGUCAAAAGCAGAAAGAUACAACCCUGGAGAUGUUCGAUACAGGAGUUCGUCCCGCUGAGCUUUUAAGCGAAGCCGCUCUACAAAAGCUAGGAAGAGAAUUGGUCCGACUCUGUGACAAAAUGGAGCAAUACGGCUUAGUUGACUACCAAAUGGGGGUUUGGGAAGAAGAGAUAUUAUGCGUGCUGGGACAAUGUCUCGAUCUCCUUGAGGGACAUGAAGAAACCAGUGCAUCAAACAACAGGAACAGACUUCCAACGGCUGAUCAUUAA